ACUCUCACCAUGGGCAACAAACAGACGGUUUUCACUCCUGAGCAGUUAGAAGCGUACCAGGACUGCACCUUCUUCACAAGGAAGGAAAUCAUGAGGCUGUUCUACCGCUACCAGGACCUGGCCCCCCAGCUCGUCCCCCUGGACUACACCGGCUGCCCGAAUGUCAAGGUGCCCUACGAGCUCAUUGGCAGCAUGCCGGAGCUGAAGGACAACCCCUUCCGCCAGAGGAUCGCCCAGGUGUUCUCCGAGGACGGCGAUGGCCACAUGACCUUGGACGACUUCCUGGACAUGUUCUCGGCGCUGAGCGAAAUGGCGCCCCGGGACCUCAAGGCCUACUACGCCUUCAGGAUCUACGACUUUAACAACGACGACUACAUCUGUGCGUGGGACCUGGAGCAGACGGUGACCAGGCUGACCCGUGGGGAGCUGAGCGCGGAGGAGGUGAGGCUGGUGUGUGAGAAGGUGCUGGACGAGGCCGACGGGGACCACGACGGGCGCCUGUCCUUGGAGGACUUCCAGACCAUGAUUCUGCGGGCGCCCGAUUUCCUCAGCACCUUCCACAUCCGUAUCUGA